AUGCCUGCGGCGCCACCACUUCCCUUAGAGUUAUGUUUCUUUGUGGCACAGUACCUCCGAAACAGUGACGUCAAGAGCCUUCGUCUCGUUUGCAAAGAUUUCUGGGGCAAGUUUCAUCUACGCCUGGACCGUGUGUUUCUAUCUGCAAACCCGUUAAACAUCGAGGUCUUCCGAUCCAUUGCUGACCACGACACUUUUCGUCGCGGCAUUGUCGAGAUCAUUUGGGACGAUGCACGGCUGGGAGGAGAUGUGCGCAGCAAUGAGCAGAGGGAACUUGAGGACAACCUUGGGUACUAUCUAAGCUCGGAUGAUGAUGAUGCAGCAGAAAUGGAAGCUGCAAGGUCUAUCGAUGGGGCACCCAGAUGGUACAAGAUUCUGUGUCGCCAAAGCAUCGCUGAUCUGAAUCGCCGUAGCCGUAUUGGACGUAACCGACCAGCUACUCAGGCACGUUUGCGGCAGCUCGUUGAGAAACUGCCUAGCACCGAGUCUUGGAAGUAUUAUAAGCAUCUUUGGGAACAGCAGCAACAAGCACUGGAUCAUGGAGCCGAUGCCGAGGCUUGA